AUGAGCUCAGUUGCAUUCUCCGAGGGCUGCCCCAUCUAUGCUCCCUUCUUUGGCGCGAUGGGCUGCACGGCCGCGAUCGUCUUUACCUGCCUGGGAGCAUCCUACGGCACGGCCAAGUCGGGCGUCGGUAUCGCAGCGAUGGGUGUCCUCCGACCGGACCUCAUGAUGAAGUGUAUCAUUCCCGUCGUCAUGGCUGGUAUCAUCGCCAUCUACGGCCUUGUCGUCUCGGUCCUCAUCUCGGGCGGCCUCGCCUCGCCCAUGUCGCUCUACGCCGGCUUCAUCCAGCUCGGCGCAGGUCUCUCGGUUGGCCUCGCCGGUCUGAGUGCAGGAUUCGCGAUCGGAAUCGUCGGAGACGCCGGUGUGCGGGGUGUCGCGCAGCAGAGUCGUGUCUUUGUUGGAAUGGUGCCAUCCUCAUUUUCGCCGAAGUCCUCGGAUUGUACGGCUUGA